AUGUGCUUCAAGUGUGGUCAACCUGGCCAUAAGAGCAUUGUUUGUACUGCUGAUGUGAAGAGAUGUUUCCGGUGUGGCAAGUUGGGUCACGCUAUUUCUAAUUGCAAGUUCAAGGAGAUGGUUUGUUUUGCUUGUGGUGCUGAAGGGCACAUUGGUAGCCAGUGUCCAAAGAAGGGGGCACAAUUUGGAGGAAGAGUGUUUGCUCUAGCUGGUACUUCUAUAGCCAGUGAGGAUCGGCUAGUGCGAGGUACAUGUUUCAUUAAUGGUAUCCCUUUAAUUACUAUCAUUGAUACUGGUGCUACGCACUGUUUUAUUGCUGCUGAUUGUGCUUUUAAGUUGGGUCUUGUGUUGUCUCCCAUGAGUAGAGAAAUGGUAAUCGAAACUCCAGCUAAAGGAUCGGUGGCUACUUCUCUUAUCUGUUUGGGUUGUCCUUUGUCGAAUUUUGACAAAGACUUUGUUGUGGAUUUGAUUUGUUUGCCUUUGUCUGGAUUAGAUGUAAUCUUAGGUAUGAAUUGGUUAGAGCAUAACUGUGUUCAUAUCAACUGUUUUAGCAAGACUUUGAAGUUUUCUUCUCCUCAAGAAGAAGACGAUGGGUUGUUAUCUAGUAGGCAGUUGAGGCGAUUGAUGCAAGAUAAAGCUUAG